AGGGAGGGGACGAGGCCAAGGCAAGGGACUGGGAUGAAGUUCCAGAGGGUGACAGCGUGGAUCUUCCUUCUAAGAGUUAAUUUGCUUUUGCCAGAUCUCCAGGGAAGAGAUUGUCAACAUCGGGUUCUUAGCAACAGCUACAGAGCGGAGCAGCGGCUGAACCACACCGGGAGCUGCUCAACACUCAGGACAACAGUUCUGGGGAACAUUAAUGCAGGGAAAGAGAUCAACUUGAGCCGAUAGUUUCCAGCUCCUCGCGCUGGCUGCGGUGCGUUUGUUUCAUCGGGAAAAAAAGGCCGCAGCAGGUUUUGAGAGUCAGGUUCCUGAUCAUGGAGAAGAGACGGGCAACAUGGCAGAUCUGCGUGGAGAGAACAUUAGCUGUGAUCAAACCAGACAGCAUGGACAAGGCUGAAGAGAUCCUGGACGUCAUUGUCAGAUCCGGCUUCACUGUGAUCCAGAGGCGGAAACUGCACCUGAGCCCGGAGCAGUGCAGCGAUUUUUACGCUGAACAUUACGGGAAGAUGUAUUUCCGUUUAACUGCUUUCAUGAGCUCCGGACCCAUCAUCGCUAUGGUUCUGGCCAGAGAUCAGGCGAUCUCGUAUUGGAGGGAGCUGAUGGGACCAAAAAACAGUGAAAAGGCAAAACUAACUCAACCGGACAGCCUAAGGGCGUUAUACGGGACAGAUGACCUCAGGAACGCGGUCCACGGUAGCGAAAGCUUUUUAUUGGCGGAGAAGGAGAUUCAGUUCAUGUUUCCCGGCACGGUCGUUGAGCCAACGCCGACCGACAGAGCAGCGCACGACUACCUGAGCAGAUACGUCAAUCCAACACUGCUGACUGGACUGACGCAGCUCUGCAAACAGAAACCCGCAGACCCGCCCACGUGGCUCUCACAGUGGCUCAUCGCAAACAAUCCAAACAAACCCGUGGUUCAGGAGGUCCCGGUCAGUCGAGAAGGAGCGAAGCCGAGACCCGGCAGCUCCGAAACCUGUUGAGAAGAUGGAAAUCAGAUACCUUUGGAACGUGUUGUUAUUAUUAUUAUUAUUAUUAUUAUGUUAAGAUUUUAUCAUUUUUUUCAUCGUGAUGACCUUGACAACAGCAACGACGGUUUUUUGCAAAGAGCCGUCUGGAAGAGGGAUCCGAAUCGCGACCACCAAUGGUUAGUAACGGUCAAUCCAGUAAUGUCAACACAAAUAAAAGUUAACGGUAACUGA